AUGGUGUCGGAAUACUUCGAAUACCCUCCGCAGUGGAAGCAGCAUGAUGGUGUCCUCUACCAGCGCUACGGCGAUCCGAAGCCAUCUUCCAAGCUGGCCAUGUUUGACAUGGACAAUACUCUAAUGUUGACGCCAAGCACGCUAGUUCCGGACUUAGUAAAGGGCUGUAAACCGUGGAUUAACAAGCCAGCCAUCCCCAACGACUUCAUCCUCUACAACACAAAUGUGAAACAGAAAUUGCAACAGGAACUCGCAGACGGGUGA